AUCGUCGCGAGUUCGUCCUCCGCGGGGACCAACAAAUAAACAGUUUUCGAAACUGGUUUGACCGCUUCACCGGCGAUUUGAAAAAUCCCAGAGGCGAGUUCAAGUGUAACCGGUCGAAUUUUUCAGAACGCGACAAUUUUUCUUUCUUCUUUUUUAAUUUUUUUUUUAUUUCGCUGCUCGUACCGGAAGAAUCAACGGAGGAGCCAACAUAAUCGUGCGUUCCUCCGUAACGACGCGAAAGGACGAGUGACCGUGUAACUUUGAACGUGCGUUUUAUAAACAAGAGAGAAAAAAGAAACGGCGAUACGUUCGGCAACAAACAUGAUCGGUCACAUCUUUUUAUGCGUGGUUGUGAUUCUGCAGGCGUGUGUCGCGCAAGAUAGAUGCAACACGCCACAGAACAAAUCCGGUGUUUGCGUCAAUGUGCGCAGCUGUCAACCGGUGUUAGACAUUCUUGUAAAGCAAAGGCCUUUAAGUAAAGAAAUUAUCAACUACUUGACUAGCUUGCAGUGCGGCUUCGAGGGGAAAAAUCCCAAAGUUUGUUGCGAACAGAGUCCAGGUGGACCGACAACGGAAGAACCGACACAGUCGCCCCCGACAGUCCCGAAUCCUCAGGGAAUCCCGAAUCCCCCAGAUGUUUUGAAUCACCCGAACAGACUGUUAGUGAACGAAGACGUGUGCGGUCCGUCGACCACCGAAAAAAUCAUCGGCGGCAACAAGACCGGCGUGUUCGAUUAUCCAUGGAUGGUGUUAAUCGAAGCGUACAAUCCCCGGCGCGACAUAACGGAAUUCAUAUGCGGAGGAACGUUGAUCAACAAACGAUACGUGUUGACCGCUGCUCAUUGCGUGACAUCGUUGCCCGGCGGUCUCAGAGUGACCGGAGUACGGAUAGGAGAGCACGACUUGAGCACGGCACAGGACUGCGAGAAAGAUGAGAAUGGUCGCGACUUGGUGUGCACCGAAGGAUACCAAACGUUUCAGCUAGAAGGCAUGCACUUCCAUCCCGAAUACUCGACGAAGAAACUGCAAAACGAUAUUGCCCUGAUGCGAUUGAACAGAGACGUCGAUUACACGCCCCAAAACAUCCGCCCGAUUUGCUUGCCGAUCGGACCAGCCGCUACCAUGUCGAAAAAAAAGGUGACGGUGACCGGUUGGGGCACGACGGAAUUCGGUCCGCGGAGUCAGGCUUUGCUACAAGUGAAAUUAUUGCCCGUCAGUACCGAGGAAUGCGCGCAAGCCUUCAACGGAAAGGCGCAGAUUUGGUAUAAACAGAUGUGCGCCGGUGGUAAGAAAGGAAUGGACUCGUGCUCGGGGGACAGCGGUGGACCGCUUCAGAGCCUUUCGUUUUUCAACAAUACCGUGAAAUACGUUCAGUACGGGAUCGUCAGUUUCGGACUUAUGAACUGUGGUACGGGCGGAGUUCCCGGUGUUUACACCAAUGUCAUCUAUUACAUGGACUGGAUCUUAAACACUGUCAGACCGUAAAGCAGCAUAGACGGUACGCAUCUUUUAUUCGGAAAUCUUUUAUACACAAUCGAUAAAUCAUGUCAGAAACUGCGGUUUUCGUAUCUGUAAAUCGCUUUACCCAAAUUCCCUUUUGUACUUGAUAUUCCACGAGAAUUAUACAUAUUAUUUGUAUAUAUAUAUAUAUAUAUAUUGUUCG